AUGCAAUCAGAUCCUUACAAUUGGCCUUUUCCAAAUAGAAAUGAUCUAAUGAAUUUAUCUACUAUAAGUAUGAAUAAAUCAUAAAUUGAGAAAAUUAAAAAAGAGAGUUUAUUUAUGAUAAUCGAGCAUAAUCCACUAUGUCUAUAGAAGGCAUUGAUGGUGCUGCUCCAAAAUUAAAGCCAUAUCAAUAUGUCAAUAAAGAAUAAUUUUGUAAUCGAGAUGAUGAUAUUCCAGGAACGAAAUCUAGACCUUUAAUAAGAUAUACAAAUAGAUCAGAUAAUCAAUUAAUGAUUGAUGAUAUAAAGGGAACACGUCCAUAAAUCUGUAAAUUUUAGACUAAUCGAUAAUCAAUUAAUCCACUUGAACCAACUUAUAAAAUUCCUUCUUUUGAAUAGGCUGAAACUUAUCAAAAUAAAUUUAUAAGAGAUAGCUAUAAUAUCACUGAUAUUGAAGGAACUUAACCAUCUAUAAUUAAUCCAAAAUUAAAAAAAUAACCUAUUCCUUUGCCUGAUAUUGAAGGUUCACAUUCAAAAUAAUUACAUGUUUAAAAAGGUAAAAGUCUAUCCAAAAUUAUAUAUUUAGAUGGGAUUAAUAAUCUAGAAGUAAAAGAUAUCAAUAAUGAUAUGCUUCAUAAAUAUAUAAGAAAUACAAAUCCAAUUGAACCAGUCUAUUCUCAUAGAGAUGAAGAUGGGUAUUAAGAAUUCUUAAUGUAGAAAGAAAAUUGAAAUUGGUUUUGUUGAAGGUAGUAAAAGUAAAUAACUACAUCCAAUAACAAUUAAUAAAUUUGCAUCUUCAAUAUUAACUACCUAAGAUAUUGUUGGUGCAUAAGCAGGUUCUCAUUCUUAAAAUUUUUUGAGAAAUAAUGAUAGAAAAGAUUACAGACAAAUUAAUAAUAUUUAAGAUAUUGAAGGAGUAUAAGCAGGAUCACUCAAAAAAGGAAUUGUAAGUAAAAGAUAUACAAAUCCAUUGAUGCCAGCUUAUUAAAUGCCUGGAAAUGCUGAAUUAAAGUAAUAAUAUAUAUAUUUUCAGUUCUACAUAACCAAAAAGUGUGUUUUCAAAGAAUGCUAGUAAUUAAAUGUUUACAAAUGCUUAAAAAAUGGAUCAAUUUUUAACUCUAGGUUGA